AUGCUUCACGCUCGCAAGGAGACCUUCAAUCGUCUGCACAAAACUGAUCAUCGCACAUUUGUCCCAAUCGACAAGAAGAAGAUGAAGGAUGACCUGCUCAAUUUGAUCAACCCAAGUAUUCCCCUCCCCAGCAGCAGUCUCGACACAACUCCAGAUGAGAAGGGCAAGGGCAAUGUGUCAAAGCGCACAGGGUUCCUCACGACAUUCGCUCCACAUCAUACGUCAUUCACUCUGUCAAUGACGGGCGAGUCCAUCUCACCAGAGUUCAAAGAGUUGGACUAUAGCCAACGACUAAAGGUUGUGUACAAUCACAACUAUGACAAGAUACCCAGGUUGGCACAUGGAUUGGAUCGCGUACUGGAAGAGCGCGGUGUCCACCCCGUCGUUGGACACGAUGGCCGUCCCAACUUCACGCCCUUCCUCUCACAGAUCCAUGACUUUGAUUCACUCAUACUACACAGUGGCUACAUGAAGCCAUCACAAGAUCAAAAACUCCUAUCAAUGGCACGCGACAAUGGCUGCAGAUACUUGUCAUCAACAUCGUCUAUUACAUCAGUGUUGGCCAAGCUCUAUUUCACAUUCAGCAGCAAGUUCACGAUGAAUGCCACUUCGAUGUCAAGCGGCUUCCAGAAGGUGUCCACAUUCACUCGACGUCUUGAGCGACCCAUCUCCAUCCUCAUGCACAACAGCAAUGGUGUAUGGGCCAUCGAUAACAAUCAAGGCAAUGUCGAUCAUGCGAACCAAAUAUUGAUGGACCUGGGCCAUUCACUCGAGAAGAUGUUGACACUACCAGAGGACGAGUUCAAUGACAAGUUACUCAAGUCCAGGAAUGAUUCACCUCAUGUAUUCGAUGACGCGUACACCUUCUCUCAGUUUGGCAAUAUAAUGUACAGAUCACAGAUUGAUUGCUACUCGGACAAGCUAAAGAGCCAGUCCAAGGUAUUUGAUCUAAAGACAAGGGCUACACGCAAGAUACGUAUGGAUGUUGGCGAACAUGAAUCAUACCUUGGCUACCAUUUGGACAACAUUGUCGGACCACAGGGCUCCUUUGAGAAGGAGUUCUACGAUCUGUCCAGGUCGGCUGGAAUCAAGUAUUCGUUGCAGGCCAGAAUAGGUGACAUGGCCGGUCUGUUCAUCUGCUAUCACAACACAAAGAGGAUCUUUGGUUCGGAGUUUGUGUCUUUGGACGCGCUGGAAGACGUCGUCUUCUGGGGCAAGCACAUUGCCAACGACAGCUUCAACGUGACCAACUCACUGCUGCAGAUCAUUCUCGACACGAUGGCCAGCGAGAUGGACCCCAAGUACAAGUACCGUCUGAUGCUCAACGAGGUGCGCUAUAACCGCGGCACUCCACGUCUGGACAUCUACGUCGAGGAGAUGUCUGUGUCUGAGACAUUUGAGCAUCGCUCCUUCUCCUAUUAUCAACAGACCGAGGUGGCCGCCGAGGAGGCCAAGCAGAUCGUCAACCCAGUCAAGCUGUACUCGCUACGACUCAGCUCGACCAUCAACGACUUCAAGAUACACGGACCUCUGCACUACCUCCCAGACGACCAACUCAAGGUCUACUACAACUUUGAGCGAGUGGACACCAUUCCCCGAGAGCAAAUGCUCAUCUCAUAUGCUGAGGCACUUCGCGAGAGUGAGCUCUACAACGAGUUCCUUGGAUAG